AUGGCUUCCUUGUCUAGAUUUGCUCUCAAAGAUCUCAAGUUAAACACUUGUGAAGCUUACUAUAGGCAAAGCUCUUCUUUAUCAUCAAGGAGGCUCCCAACCCAUGUUGAUGUAAGAGGUGAAAUUUCUGUGCUUGAGAAGGGAAGAAGUUGUGCAAUUCAAAGCAAGACAUGGAGUCCAAUUGUUGCUGCCGGUUCUUCAGUAGUUCAAACUUCAAGGAACUCCAAAGUUCUGUGCAAGGCUGCUGCAAAUGCAUCUGGAGAUCUUCCCAAUCCUACUGGAAUGAGUCAGUACGAGAGAAUAAUUGAAACUUUGACAACUCUAUUUCCUGUAUGGGUCAUAUUGGGCACCAUUGUUGGGAUCUACAAACCAUCUGCUGUAACUUGGUUGGAGACAGACCUUUUUACCCUUGGCCUUGGUUUCCUCAUGCUUUCUAUGGGUUUGACGUUAACUUUUGAGGAUUUUAGACGAUGCUUGCGUAAUCCUUGGACUGUUGGUGUAGGAUUUCUUGCUCAGUACAUGAUCAAACCCUUACUAGGCUUUGUCAUUGCCCUGACGCUAAAGCUUUCUGCACCUAUUGCUACUGGUCUUAUUUUGGUCUCCUGCUGUCCUGGGGGUCAGGCAUCAAAUGUUGCAACUUAUAUCUCAAAGGGGAAUGUUGCACUAUCUGUUCUCAUGACAACGUGUUCAACAAUAGGAGCUAUUGUUAUGACACCUCUUCUUACCAAGCUGCUUGCUGGCCAGCUUGUUCCAGUUGAUGCUGCGGGCCUAGCACUCAGCACUUUCCAAGUUGUUUUAGUGCCAACGAUUAUUGGAGUACUGGCAAAUGAGUUUUUCCCACAGUUCACUUCAAAAAUAAGCUCAGUGACACCUUUGGUUGGAGUAAUUCUCACCACUCUUCUCUGUGCGAGCCCGAUUGGACAAGUUUCUGCAGUCUUGAAAGCACAAGGACCGCAAUUAAUACUCCCGGUGGCUGCUCUACAUGCUGCUGCAUUUGCCAUUGGCUAUUGGAUUUCAAGGAUAUCUUUUGGUGAAUCCACUUCUCGUACCAUAUCCAUAGAGUGUGGGAUGCAGAGCUCGGCCCUUGGGUUUUUACUAGCUCAAAAGCAUUUUACAAACCCCUUAGUUGCUGUCCCUUCUGCUGUUAGCGUUGUUUGCAUGGCGCUCGGUGGCAGUGGUCUCGCUGUGUUCUGGAGAAACAAAGGCCUUCCGGUUGAUGACAAAGAUGAUUUCAAGGAAUGAGAAGUAGCCUCAUCUUUUCCUAGUUAGAGAUGGUUUUCUUUCAUUACAAGGUCAUGUUUGCAUUAUUAGACAUCAGUUUUUUGUGAUUUGAAAACUUUGGAUUCAGGUCAUUAGAACUCAGAAAAUGGUAAAGAAUGAAAGGGAAGGGAUUUUCUUUGUUCUAGAUUUUGGAAAUAAUUGAAGGCUUAUGUUUUUUGUGUGGCAAAUGUUGUGCCACAAUCCAGGUUUUCUUGUGUGAUAAUUUCUUUACACUUUACAGGACCAGCAGCUAUUGAUGAUUAGUAUUGAGUGUGACCUGUGACUAUGUUUCUGGCAUGGUUUUGGUGCUUAAUUAGGCACUAAAUCAUUGAUUAUCAAUCA